GGCUCGGAGGAGCCACCGCCAGGCAGCGGGAGCUACCGCCAGGCCUCCCCGAGCGGCGCCCACGCUCCUGCCGCCCAGAAGCGCGGACCCUGCGCCGCCCCCCAGCCACCUGCUCCGGGCCGGAGGCGAGGACACCAUGCGCGCUGCGCUGGUGCUCUCGGCGCUCCUGCUUGUGCUGCGAUCGCCUCUCCCGUCGCUCUCUGAAACUGGUAAUGCAGCUUCCUCUGGCAGCCCAGCUGCCUCAGCACGGGCAUCUACAAAACCUGGGGCAUCUCCUACAUCCUCACAUCAGCCAAGCUCACGUUCAGUUCCCACUACUUCCAAAGUGGCUUCCACAGUACAGCCCUCAAGCAUCACAAAGACGGACCAAGCUGUGGGAAGCAACUUUACAACUUCUAAAGACUCAGCUCUGCAAAACAUCUCUGUGACUGUAUCUUCUGACUCAAGUACCACAAGUGCUCCAGCUACUGUGAGCCCACAUGGUGGGAGCCCUGACAGUUCCACCACUGCGGCCACCAGUGCCAGGCCUGGGAGCAUAAGCAACACAGACAACCUGACUACCACACGAUCGCUGUCCACUUCUGAAAGCCAACCUACAGCCUCUGGAUCUCAAGCUCCAACCCUGAAGACCACAACUUCCGCUCCUACUCCUUCACUGCUCAGUACAGGAAGUUCUAACCCACCAGCUGACACUACUACCGUGACCUCAGGGAUCUCUUCUCAAAGACAGAGCAGCUCUGCCACACUUCCCAGCAGUCCCAGCCCUCUGCCUGAUUCUAGUCUCACAACCACAGCCCAGAGUGUGCUCACCACUCCAACACCAACCAGGACUCAGCAGACCGCCAGCACACAGCCAGCCAGCCAGGUGCCGGCCACGGCCAGCCCCACGCCGGACAGCCUGAUGCCUCCCAGCUCUUCACACUCUUCCACUGUGACGCCACAGCAGAAGGACUCUGCCACGGGAACUGUGGCUGUGCCCAGCGUCAGGGGAUCCACAAGCCUCAGCACUGUUUUAGCUCCCUCAACUCCCAGCAUACACACUACGCACCGGGUUUUUGGGAAUAAGACGGUACGUUGUGAUUCUCUCAAGGAGCCGAUCGACAAGCUGCUCGUCUUGAACUUGACAAACAAGGGAACCAACUCAGAAGCUAACCUGGGAAGCAACCACUGCAAUGAGGAUCUCCUUGACGAGAAGCUGGUCACAGUGCUGUGCCGAGCAGUCAAAGACAACUUCAACCCUAGUCAAGAUGAUUGCACUGUACAGCUAGGACCUGUUCCCUAUAGCAAUGCGGUGGCUGUCAAACACAUCAGCAUUCUGACAAAUCUUCCUCCCAGCGAUGUGUAUGAAUCACUGAAGGACCAAUGGGAUGAACUAGGAGAGUUGGGAGUCAGUGACAUGAGGCUGGGGAAUGAUGGUCCACCAGAAGUGACUGAGGACCGCUACAGUAUGCCCCUCAUCAUCACCAUUGUCUGCAUGGCAUCCUUCUUGCUUCUCGUUGCAGCGCUCUAUGGCUGCUGCCACCAGCGCUUCUCUCAGAGGAAGGAUCAGAACUCCCAUCUUGACAGUUCUACCCAGAUCCCUGGUUCUCAACCCUGGCUGCGCACUAGCAGGAGCUGUAAGGACAUUCCCAUGCCUAGCUUCCUCACACGCCAACGGGAACCCGAUCUCUGGAUCAGUCAACGACUUACUGAGGAACUUCAGACAGUGGAAAAUGGUUACCAUGAUAACCCGACCUUGGAAGUGAUGGAGACCUCUUCCGAGAUGCAGGAGAAGAAGGUGGUCAACCUUAAUGGGGAGCUUGGGGAUAGCUGGAUCGUCCCUCUGGACAACCUGUCCAAGGAUGACCUCGACGAGGAGGAAGACACGCACCUCUAAGCCGGUCUGUUGGCUGUCUCCAUCAGUGCCACAGAGCUGCAGACUGACCACCCGAAGUGCCAUUUGGGCUGGGGAAGAAAAUGCCUCCCCAUUCAAAGAAGGAAAGACAGGAGGGAGUGGACUCCAAGGGUUACCUCCUUUCAAGUCCCCCAGGGCCUUAAUUUUUUCCCCCUUUCGAGAUGAACAAAUCACAUUCUGUCUAGAUUCUUCUUGUAAAAUAAUCCACUAGUGCCUGAGCUCAGAGUUGCUGGUGAACAGGAGGAUGAGCAGAAGGGAGAUGGAGAAAGAGCCAUGGGAGGGACUUUAGGAAUCUUCUAGUAGAAAUUUUCAUUUUGCAGGUGAGAUGACUGAGGCCUAAGAAAGGCAACUGGCUGCACAAGGUCACACAGCCACUUGGUGACAGACAUUCUUCCCUUCAGCCCAGUGCUCAUUUGGACCAUGUUACACUGCUGUGUUCAUUUGUACCCUCUCCGUAGAACUUCCCUGGCUGGGCAUCGGGUGACACCCCAGUAGGGAAGGUAGGCUGAAAAGGAAAGCAGGCCUGUACCCUGUCUCAGGGGAUCUGACUGCGAAAGGACAAGCCUCAAGCUUCCAUUUCCUAUCCCAAUCCUCCUGUCUGCAAGUAUUCCCCUCCCCUUUCCCUUUACAAACCUUUCACUCAACUUUGAGUCGCACUGUGACCCAGUACCCCUAGGAAUAACACAGGUCAUUUGUGAUCUUGAAGCCCCUGUUCUGGAUUCUGAUCUCCUUGCUUGACGAGGUCAGCACCUCUUCUUCCCCCAAAGUGAAUGAGACCUGCAGGAGGAAUUAGUAGGUGUGCAGAGAGAAGGGGAGCAUCUCAUCCCAGGAUGGCCUCCCCAUGGCAGCUGAUCCGGGCUUAGUACUCACACUGGCCCUUCCCCCAAGCCUGUCCUUGAAAGUGUCCCCUAAGAUCUUUGAUCCUCUGUUUCCACCAGGGACAGAAAUCUGCAAUAGCAACUGAAAUGUUUCUUUUCUUCACUGCUGGCUGAUGGAAUGGACCCCUGAUGCCCAGGUGUCAAGAGUAGUGGUCACAGGACAGUCCUGUCCAAGGGCCCCUGACUGACAGAGCUGUGUUUCAGUAGACAAUCAGUUGAAAGUGCUGGAAGACAGGUGUAUCUCUGUUUCAUAGGAAACUCAGGGACUUUUCAAGUUGCUGAGAGUUUUGUUGUAUUUGUUUAGAUUUUUGUUUUUGUUAUUGUUUUUAAUCUAGCCCUCCACUGCCAAAGGUCAAAACUCAAAACUACUGAAGGCUUCCAAUCAGUCUCACUAAUUCUGAUUGUGCUGUGCCACAAGAACAGCCCAGAACAUGCAGUGAGUUUUUAAAACUCUGUAGUUUCCUACUGUCCUGCGUGGAGCUAGGCCUUGCUAUUUUAAUCUGCAACCUUAAUAGUUUUCCUGUUUCUGGUGGCGUCUCAGGGAAACACAAAGCUAUGUCUACUCCUCAACAUGGUUUUUAUAGGCUCAGAAGUUAGCUAACUAUAGAAGGUUCCUGAGAGCUAGACAUAGUGAAGGGUCAUUUCGAUUUCUGAAAAGGAGCGGUCAUGCAUACAAUUUUGAACCUUUCACUAUGCUCUGUAUUGUUCUUGGAUAUAAAUUCCUGGAACCAACUGUCUGCCUUGGCACAAUUUAUUUAACAAAUGAAAAGGUAGAAGGAGACGGCCUGAUUCCUUCUUUACAGUCUGUAGCUUACCAUAGGGGAACAGGACAGUCACAGAAACAAGGAGGGGCCCCAGAAAGUUCUCAAGAAUUAGAUGCUUAGUAGACCAACAUCUGCCCUGUUUCUCUAGCAUUUGUGGUUGGGGAAGGCUGAACAGUGCCAGUUUAAGGGAAAAUACAGGAAAUAUUUUUAUUUUGGAAAGAGGUCUUCUUGUUUCCUUCCUGCCCACGCUUGGCUUUUGUCUACCCAGUGUGUUUGUCAUGGUGUCUCUGUAAAAGGUGAGGUUAUUGCUCCUUUGCAGACUCUGGGUCAUAUUGACCAGCUAGGGCAUUUGACAGUAAUAACAAAUAUUGCUUCUGCAAAAUGAUCAGGCACUGCAACCCCAAGGGCUCUCUGAUAGAGAUGAUGACUGUAGGUACCAGGGAGGAAAAAUGAUGGUCAGGAGGAAUCACCAUGGCUCUGUCCAGGAAGAAGCCAGAGAGGCUUUGAGCUGAUCCAGAGGUUCCUUCUUUCUCUGCAUCCAAAUUGUGCUGCCUUUAGAGCAACUUCAGAAUAUGAUACUAGGCCUUGGCUUUCUGUUGCUGCUGGUACAUCUGUGUCAAUAGGCCACACUAGUAGCACCUGUAAAUCAUCUUCCCACAUCUUUAUUGGGUUCUCUGAUCAUGGAGCCAAGAAAAGAACAUUAGGGGCUCAGCUCAGCAAGACUUUAAACUAGUUGUAUCAAAGAGAAGUUAGAAACUCUUUAUUUCAGUAUCAAACUGUGGUUUCCCCAAGCUGUAGAAACCAUGAAUCUGAUGAUCUCAAAGCCACAAAAACCAUGGAUCUGAUGACUUUGAAUGAAUGAAACCUGUGGGCACUGAGAGUGAGGAAAGAAGCCACUGUGCUUAUGGAGGUACAGAGGAGCAUGCAUCUUAAGACAAUAGGGGUUGAUCUGGAGACACCAGAUUUACCCUUUCUUGAUAAGGAAAAUGAGCAGGUUUAUUUAAAAUACCUUUUGAGAUUUAUCUCUUUUUUUUUUCUUUUUUGGACAAUACACUGGAGAAACUUUGAAGAACAAAUUCAAACUGAUACAUAUUUUGACAAUGUAAAUACAACAGUCACGUUAAUGUAUUAUGCACUGCUUUUAGUGAAUAUACUUCAAAAAAACAUUUAUUAGUUAAGAAAGUUUUUUCCCCUCUGAACAAGAAUGUAAAUGUUUAUCUUACUAGAAAGUGUUUGAUUUUGUUUUUAAAAAUGAACUACAAGACAAGCAGAUGACAAAGUAUUUGUCUUGCAGAUUAAGCAUUUUUAUUUUUAAAUUAUCCAUGCUCAUCCCCAGCCAACUUCCAGUCCCAUACCAGGGAACAUUGGGAUUGGUAAGCACUAGUUGGAAAGUGAGACAGGAAAAGAACUUUAAGGUCACAAAGGUAGUGAUUUGGAUAAAAUGACAUGGUCAGUGACAAACAGGAUUAAAACCUGGCCUCCAAAGAUUCCAAGAAUCAGGAAACUAAGUUCUGCCACUCACAGGCACCAGGAUAACAUGAAAAUUGCUAUUCUUUCCCGAGAGUUCCACCAGCAAGGCCAGCGAGAACUGCAAAGUAGACAGGGGGAUCUUACUGGUCUAUACUUCCUCUGAGGCGUUUAGGUUGAAAAUGUACAUUAAUGUCUUUUCUGCCAGGAAAUAGUUUUGAGCCAGCUUUUGCUUCUGGAACUUCUAGCAGAUUAAGGAUCAAAGGGAACAAGACAGAAGGCAGAGAGGUCUUAUGAAUAAAACUGUAGCCUAUCUGGUUUCAUUGUUGCUAGCAGAUUCCUUCAGGUCUGCUAAACACUCAACACCAGGUUAAAGGGAUUACUAUUUAAUGGUGGAGGUGGUGGGGUGUUACUGAAUGAUAAACAGUUUGCCCAGGAGACUGGGGGAGCAUGUGUCUUAAUGGACAGGAGUCUGAAGUACACUGGAAUUUAUUGAGAAACGUGUUUGUAAAGACUAUAGUUAAUUAUUGCAUUUUCUUACAAAAAUAUAUUUUGGAAAACUAUACUGUCAAUUAAAAUGCUGUUGUAUAAA